UUUAUAGGAUGCCUUUUCAUUUUGUUGAUUAUUUCUUUACUAAACACUUUAUUAAAGAGACUGUUUCUCCAUUGGGCAUUCCUGGUUUGUCAAGUAUUAGUUGACUGCAUAUGUGAGGGCUUGUUUCUAGGCUCUCAGUUCUAUUCCAUUGGUCUAUGUGUCUGUUUUUAUUCGAGUACCAUUACUGUUUUGUCUGCUAUUGAUUUGUAGCUUAGUUUGAAAUCAGGAAGUGUGAUGCCUCCAGCUUUGUUGUUCUUUUUCAAGAUUGCUCUGGCUAAUUGGGGUCUUUUUUGGUUCCAUACAAAUUUCUGGAUUGUUUGUUUCAUUUUUCUAAAAAAUGCCUUUGGAAUUUUGAUAGACAUUGCACUGAUUCUGUAGGUGGCUUUGGGUAAUAUGGAUAUUUUUACAGUAUUAAUUCUUCUGAUCCAUGAGCACAGAAUAUCUUAACCAUUUGCUUGUGUCUACUUUAGCUUCUUUCAUCAGUCUUAUUGUUUUCAACAUACAGAUCUUCACUUCCUUGGUUAAAUUUAUUUCCAUGUAUUUUAUUGUUUUUGAUGCUGUUGUAAAUGGGAAUAUUUUCUUUUUCAGGUGUUUUAUUGUUAGUGUGUAGAAAUGGAACUGAUUUCUGUAUGUUGAUUUUGUAUCCACUCACUCGUCUUAAUUUCUUCAUUUGUAACAUGGGGGUUGUGAGCAGUACUUAUCUCAGGUCUAUUUGAGCAUUAUAUGAGAAAUGUCAUUAGAAUAGUGCUUGAAACAUAGUAAGUACCUAAUAAAUGUUAGCUAUGUUUAUUCUUAUGGCAUUAAUGGCUACUCUUUAUGUAGCAGUUAAAAGAAAUGGACUAAGUCUAUAUAUCAACAUGAAUACAUCUAAAAAUAUAUUUUCCUUCACUUAUUUGAAUAUUCAACAAAUAUUUAUUGAGUGCCUACUAUGUUCCAGGAAGUGUUCUAGGUACUUGGGAAUCAUCAGUGAACGAAACGACAAAGAUCCUGCUCUCAUGGACCCUAUAUACCAGAGACAAUUGCAACACGACUUUCCCAGGGCCCUGAUUUUCAGCACUGAUGAUUUUUUCUUCAGGGAAGAUGGUGCCUAUGAGUUCAAUCCUGAUUUCCUGGAGGAAGCUCAUGAAUGGAACCAGAAAAGAGCAAGAAAAGCAAUGAGGAAUGGCAUAUCCCCCAUUAUUAUUGAUAAUACCAACCUCCACGCCUGGGAAAUGAAGCCCUAUGCAGUCAUGGCACUUGAAAAUAACUAUGAAGUUAUAUUCCGAGAACCUGACACUCGCUGGAAAUUCAACGUUCAAGAGUUAGCAAGAAGAAACAUUCAUGGAGUCCCAAGAGAAAAAAUACACCGAAUGAAAGAACGGUAUGAACAUGAUGUUACCUUUCACAGUGUGCUGCAUGCCGAGAAACCGAGCAGAGCAAACAGAAGCCAGGACAGAAGUAAUGCAUCUCCUUCCAACGGUGCAGGGUACUGGAACACCUACGCAGAGUUCCCAAACCGGAGGGCUCAUGGCGGCUUCAUUAAUGAGAGCUCCUUUAACAGAAGGGGUGGCUGUCACCAUGGAUAUUAGAGGUCUCUCUUACAGGCACUCAGAAUUUUCCUAAAUCAGUUUUUACUUCAAAUUUUGGUAUUUAUUCUUUGUUCAAUUGUAGUCAGAGCUCUAAUUCUAAUGUAAAUAGUCGAACCUGAAAGUUUUUGAGCAGAAGUAACUACAUUCAUCUUCAACAAGCAUUUGUUAAAGUGAUCCUAUAUGCAUGGUCUGAUGCUGGGAACUCUGCCGAUUUGAUUAAACAAAGUCCCUUUCUAUAGGGAAAGGAUUAAUUUGAAGCUGAAACCUGAGGACAUAUCCAAGAACAUAGUCAGCCUCGUAGGUCCAUUAAUGAAAUGAAGUGUUUAUAAUAUAAAGCUUCAGUACCACUUUCUCUGAAGCAACCUAUUUUUUUUUCCAGGAAAUUCAUCUCCAUCAGGAAAGUUGGAACAGUGGGGGAGGAGAAGUAGGAGGCAGGAAAAAUUUUAGUGCCAUUGCUACGCUGAUAAUCCAUGUUAUCUAACAGUGUGAGAUGUGUGGCUGUAAUGAUACUGAUUUUCCUUUGAAAUGAAUAUGGCAGAAAGUACACAUCUAAGGGAAUAUUGUCCUUCAAAGUAGACACUUUGGGAAAUUAUUCCUUUAUUUUAGUGAUGUAUCAUUGUUAAACAUGUCUGUCAAAAUCCUUCUUAUUAGCUAUACAAGCUACUGAGGAAAAUCAGUGUCGUUACUUAAAGUCACAUCUUGUGUUUUAACUACCAUUUUAUUGAACAGGGUUAAACCUGAAUAACUUUUGGCUGUUGUGCUAAUAGUGUAAAUAAAACAGGCCUGCUUUUAUAAAACACCAAUUUUUAAGAGGAAUAAUCAAGCAAUUUUUAACAUUAUGCCUAUAAACAUGUAUAUAAUCAUUUGGCAGCCCAAAGUUUUGGGAGUGCAAGGAAUUAAGCAUCCGAGGACGCAGAUCCUAUGGAGAUAGGUAAAAGUCACACUUGUCUUAAGAUGAGCAGUCUUGGUAUUUUUAUGUGGCAUUAAGACAGUGAAGUUCUACCACUUCUCUUAUACUAAUACUAACUAAUGAAUCCAAGUUAAAUCUCAGCAGAUUGAAAUCAGAUUAGUUUGGUGUGAGACCACAAUAGAUAAGAUCAUGUAGGAUGUAUGCUUUAUUUCUUGUUGGCCAACAGCCUUCUAAUGUUUUGUGAAGUAUUAUUUUAAGUGUCCUAUCUAAUGGUGCUUUUAUGGUUAUUAAAAUUAUAUAUGGUAUUGCUUUUAAUGGAUUUGUCAUUGAAUCUAAGGUUUUAGUUUAAGAAUAUAAAAAAGUUUAAUUACCAUAAAUUCCACAGAAUCCUACAAUAUUAAGAACCAACUUUUCUUUUCUAUAUCAUAAACUUAUUUACCAGUCUUCAAUGAAUAGGUAACAAAUGCAAUCUGAUAUUUUACUGGCUUAUAUAAAUGAUUUGAUCUGUACACAUUAGAAAGACUAUAUUAUUACUUUAACAUUCCAUUAUCUAACACUAUUGAAAUCUAUACAGCGUCUUGACUACCA